AUUGCCGGAUUGAAAGUUCAAAUUUAUAUUGAUAAUAGUUCUUUUGUUAACGAUUAUAUCAGAAUUAUUAUUCUCUUCAACAAAGUAUAAAAAUUUUGAAAAAUCAUAAGAUUCAACAAAAUAAAAGUUGUAUAGUAAAAAUAAAGAUAUAAAGAUAUAAAAUUUCAUUUUAAUUUAUUUUUAAAAAAAAUUAAAAAAUUAUAUAAAUUUUUUUUUUUUUAAUUUUAAAAUAAUAAAAAAAAAAAAUUAAAAAAAAAAUUUUAUUUAUAUUUUUAAAAAAUUAAAUUGAAACAUAUUAAAUAAAAAAAUGAAAGCUAUAUUGUUUUUGUUCUUAUUUCUUUUUUUUCAAUUAAUUUAUUCAGAAAAUUCUGUAUCAAAACAAUAUUUAGAAACAUCAGAGUUUAUAAAUAACUCUGAUAAAAUUUUAAGAGUUUAUUAUAAUUCCAACAAUUGUUCAAAGGGCAGUGAGGUAUUAUAUGAAAUUAUAAGUGAUUGCUCAUUUAAAGGAAGGUUUGAAUUAAAUAGUACUCAUGUUAUUUUUUAUGACCAAAUAAAAAAUCCAGAUUCAAUAUGUAAUAAUUUUGAAACGAUUACUGAAAUAAAUAAAAGAAAUUACUGUGUAGCCGAUGAUUAUGGACAAUCAUAUUUUAUUAAAAGUAUCAGCGAUAAUGAAUUAUUUAAUUAUACUGUUAUACCAGGAUCAUUAAUUCAAUCUAUGUAUGCUUUGCAUACAUGUAAAGAUUAUGAAUAUACAACUAUUCAUCUAGAGAACGUAUGUGAGGUAUUUCAAAAUCAAUCUCAAUACUAUAAAGCAAAUGAAACUCAUGUAACCUAUUAUAAUUGUGAAACAAACGAUUGCAAAAACUGUACUGCUGAAACCAAACAGUUGGACAUACAAAAUAAUAAUUGUACAGAGAUUUUUAAUGAAGGUGUUUCAGUAUUUUAUAUAAACAAAUAUAACAAAUCAUUGAAAAAAAAUUCUCUUUUAGAUCCUUCAAAAAAUGAGGGAGUAAGAAUUUUACAAAAUUUUAUAUUUAUAGUUUUAAUUCUAACCAUUGGUUUGGUUUUAUGAUUUAUAAAUAAAAUUUUUAUAAUUAUAAAAAAUUUCGUUAUUUUAAAAAUUUUUUAAAAAUAAAGAAAAAAAAAAAAAUGUUUUUUUUUUUUUUAAAUUUUAUAUU